AUUAACACCAUGCUCCUGGGGAUCCUCGUGGUGCUCUUCUUCAUCCCCACUGCUGAUGUAACAGAAAACAAGAUUUUAGUGGCUCAGCAUCCUUUGCUCAUUGUAGCUAACCAAUCUGCAACUCUAGUUUGCAACUACACAUACAAUGGGACAGGGAAGGAAUUUCGAGCUUCGCUACACAAAGGAACAGACAGUUCAGUUGAAGUUUGCUUUAUUUCAUGGAACACAACCAAAAUUAGCAGCAAUUCAAAUACAGGAUUCAACUGCCAGGGGGAUCAUGAUAAAGACAAAGUCAUCUUCAAUCUUUGGAACAUGAAUGCCAACCAAACUGACAUCUACUUCUGCAAAAUUGAGGUCAUGUAUCCACCCCCAUACGUCUACAAUGAGAAGAGCAACGGGACUGUCAUUCAUGUAAAAGAGACACUCACUCAAAUACAAGAGCCUCAGUCUGCAAUUCCUUUGUGGAUUCUGGCAACAGUGACUGGAAUUCUUGCACUCUACAGUAUGCUAAUAACUGCAGUUUUUAUUAACUAUUGGCAGAAAUCUAAAAAGCAUAUGUACCAUCAGAGCGACUACAUGAACAUGACUCCCCGGCACCCACCGUACCAGAAGAACAAGAACAAGGGUUACCCAUCCUAUGCACCAACACGAGACUACACCGCCUAUCGGUCCUGGCAGCCCUGA